UCUCCCCACCUAAAUAUUAAAAGAAGAAAAAAAAAAAGGAAAAAAGAACAGUGUGAAAUUUAUCCGCCAGGAGUUCCGAGACCGGAACGAAAUCAGCGUUUCCUUCCAGUACUGUAUUGAACUCUCUUUUGAAUUGCGUCGAGUAUAAGCGAGCGAGAGAGAGCAAGCCAUGCCGGGGGAGACAACUUCGAUUGACUACGUGAUGGAGGCGGCUUCCGGCCCCCACUUCUCCGGUCUCCGUCUCGACGGCCUCCUAUCGUCUCCACCGGCUUCGGCGACUUCUUCUCCGGCGCAUCGCUCCUCGUCUUCGGCUUCCGCUUUCUCAGCCUUAGCCGCCGACUCCAACCCCCCCAAACAGCCAUUCGUCAUCGGAGUUUCGGGAGGUACAGCUUCGGGUAAGACCACAGUGUGUGAUAUGAUCAUCCAACAACUGCAUGAUCACCGUGUGGUGCUGGUCAAUCAGGAUUCGUUUUACCGUGGCUUGACUCCUGAAGAGUCCGAGCGUGUGCAUGAGUAUAACUUUGAUCAUCCUGAUGCUUUUGACACGGAGCAGCUUCUGGAUUGCAUUCAGAAGCUCAAAUCUGGGCAAGCUUACCAAGUUCCAAUUUAUGACUUUAAGACUCAUCGCCGCUGCUCCGAUAGUUUCCGGCUGGUAAAUGCUUCUGAUGUUAUUAUAUUAGAGGGAAUUCUGGUUUUCCAUGAUCAACAUGUCCGCAACUUGAUGAAUAUGAAGAUUUUUGUUGAUACAGAUGCUGAUGUGAGACUUGCUCGUAGAAUAAGACGUGAUACAGUUGAGAGGGGCAGGGACAUAAACUCUGUUCUUGAACAGUAUGCAAAGUUUGUCAAGCCUGCUUUUGAUGAUUUUGUUCUCCCAUCAAAGAAGUAUGCUGAUGUGAUCAUUCCACGAGGAGGUGAUAAUCAUGUCGCCAUUGACUUGAUUGUGCAACAUAUCCAGACAAAGCUCGGUCAGCAUAACCUCUGCAAAAUAUAUCCCAAUGUUUAUGUUAUUCAGUCAACAUUUCAGAUAAGAGGUAUGCAUACACUGAUUAGAGACCGGGAGAUAUCGAAGCAUGACUUUAUAUUUUAUUCAGAUCGACUUAUUCGUCUGGUUGUGGAGCAUGGCCUUGGCCAUCUGCCAUUCACUGAGAAGCAAGUAGUUACUCCAACAGCAUCGGUAUAUACUGGGGUUGACUUUUGCAAGAAAUUGUGUGGGGUUUCCAUCGUUCGAAGUGGUGAAAGCAUGGAAAACGCAUUGCGCGCAUGCUGUAAAGGAAUAAAAAUUGGAAAAAUUUUAAUUCACCGUGAUGGAGAUAACGGGAAGCAGCUUAUAUAUGAGAAGCUUCCCAAGGAUAUAUCUGAACGGCAUGUCCUGCUUCUAGACCCUGUACUUGCUACAGGGAAUUCUGCUAACCAAGCAAUUGAACUACUCAUACAGAAAGGAGUUCCAGAAUCCCACAUUAUAUUCCUAAACCUCAUCUCUGCCCCUGAGGGAAUCCAUUGUGUUUACAAAAGGUUCCCAUCCUUGAAAAUAGUCACCUCUGAGAUUGAUGUUGCGCUAAAUGAAGAAUUUCGUGUCAUACCGGGUAUGGGUGAGUUUGGUGAUCGUUACUUUGGCACUGACGAUUGAUGAGAGUGAUAGUUGAAACUUGAAGAGUGUGAGCCACAACAGAACAGGCGUAUGCGUUUAUAUGAAUUAGAAUACAUGCAUUUAUAUAUUCAGAAGUACAAGACAGAAAGUCUGCGUAUGCAGUUAUAUGAAUUUGACAGCAUUCAGCUUUGCUGCUAUUUUUCUUUACUAUUUUUUUUUUUCUGUCGUUGCAAGUAUUUAAGUAAGAAUCUUCAACAGAGCAUGAUGAGAUGGUUACCAGUUUACUUUUUAA